AUGCUUUUCGGUGUUAUAGGAAAGCAGUUUUCUUAGAGUUCUUUAAGAAACGAUUUCUUAAUGAUUCUACUGAAAAAUGUAUUUCAGGAGAAGUACUUCGAGAUUUUAAAAAAUAAUAAUUUUCUUCAAAUCAAAGAUUUAGAUAAUAGAAAUAAAAUCUAUUAGAAACACUUGUCAUAAAUAUAAAUUGAAGAAAAUCUUGAGAGAUAAGAGAAAGAUGAUAAUUAAUUUAUAAGUAUCCCAACGAACAAUUAUAAGUUCAAAUAAGAAGUUUAGGUAAAUAAUUAAUCUGAAAUGAGCAACAUCCUAAAAUUAUAAGAAUUAAACUAAGAUGAAAUAAAAUAAGCUGAUACUACUUUUACAUAAAAAAAGCAGGAUUUUCCUGAAAUUGAUUUGUCCUAAAGAUACAAUUUUUCAGAUAAAAAGUCAUAAACAGAGUAAUUUAAUAAUUAGAGUUAUGAAAAUGCUAAAAUUUAAAAUGAAAAUAUGCAUUAAUAUUAAGACUAAAUAUAAUCUACAAAUAGAUAUUUUACUGAAAAAAGUAAAUUGUAAAAUAUCACGUUUAUGACUAUGCUUUCAAAUGUACCCAUAAUUAAAAAGAGUAAUUUUACUGGUGAUUAUUCUCCAAACAGAUUUAAAUAAACUCAAAAAGACAUUAGUCAUUAUGAAAAACAGUUUGCAAUAUCCUUAUCAGAUGAACUCUAAUAUAAAUAUGUUAAUAAGUUCUUAAAGAGAUGUUAAGAGAGUGAAUCAAUUGAUUAACUAGAUGAAAAAAUAUUAACUUCAAUGUAUAAAUUAGGUCUAUCUUGA